UAAUAUGCUUUACUAUGGUCAGCUCGCGGGGAAUUUGAAAAUAUGCCAUCCUCGUUUCCUUUCGAUUGCCGACAGUGAUGUUGUUUGUCUGAGUAAUUUAUCCAUUCCUUGCCACACUAAUGAACUGCUACACGAAGAAGAUUAUCUGAAUUCUUCCCUAACAUGAGUAACGGUAAGUUUUUGUUUUUUCUUCUUAGUAAAUUAAGCUUGUAUGACUUUGAGCCAAUUCCGCUGUGUAAAAAAGGGGAGCGUUAAACUUGCAGUGGCUCGUAUUAAAUGAGAGCUAACAUCCUCAUUGUCAAGUCUAUAACAAAUUAAAUUGACCUUUAAAAAGGCCAUCGCUUUAGUUUGAAGGCAUGUUCCACAGGGUAUAAGUCACGUGAAAACAGUCAUCAAAUUGAUAUUGAAGACAUAACAAAAGAUUACAUGUUUCCUGGUAUUUGAAUAUGAUAUUUUUUCUCUACGAGUGAAAAGAAUGUGGCUGCAAAGAUUUUCUUUCAGAAAGCAAAGUAAUUCCCUGUAAAUGAUGUUAUUGUUACGCCUCGUCUUUUCUAUGGCUCCCGAUUUCUUUUGAAAGGGUAAGUUAAAGAGAGUGGAGUGCGCUUUAUCAGCGCCCAGUGCAUAAAAAGAUCAGCGUUUUACCUUUUCACAGUACGUACAUCGUAGUAGCACAAGGGUAUUUGAUCUCCUGAAAAGGUGGGAAAAGCUGGGCAUUUUUUAAUUUGCCUGUGAUGAUAAGAAACUACAAAACAACGAGUCCAUGGCCAGUAUAACCGUAGUUGUCUUGGCUCAAGUUUUGAAGUUUCUUGUGUACAGAGAAUGUACAGUUGAACCUUUCUACAACAGGUACUUUGGGGACACACUUGGGAGACUCCCUGAGACAGAUCAGAAUUAAAUAGGGAACUUAAGUAACCGCCUGGUGGUGGCAAAUGUAAAAAUGUCACACAAAUAAUAAUAUUAUAACCCUUUAAGCCCUAGUAUCCACUAACAAAUUCUCCAGACCUCCAAUUCUCCACACUGAUCUCCAUACAUUUCCUUAAAGGAUUAGUAGAGAGAUUUUGAUAAAAGAUCACAGCAUUUUCCUAUCGGUGAUCAUUUCUUAAAUUCUCAUAACCUUUUCCUUUAUUGAUGUAUAGAUGUUGUCAGGAGAAAAUUAAUGUUAGUCACACUUGGGACUGAAAGGGAAGGAGUAUGUCAGUUUGUACACCAUUUUCUCUAAGAUGGCCUUUGCAGAGAGGUUGUUCAGUGGCUGUUGUGAUGCUCUCAGUGUUGUCACUGUUUAGAGGAAGCCAUUGAAUUCAAGCACGUCAUUCUAUAACACCAUAAAGAAAGUACAUGGUGUCCUUACGUUUUUAAAGUUAAAUAAUCAAACUGUUUACACUUCUUUACAGACAAUUUUGAAUUUUAAUGAAGGCUCAAAUAAACUUGAAUAACCCUUCAACUAAUCAUAUGAGCUGAAAGUCUGUGGUUAACUUCUGUGAUUUGUGUAGUCAUUGACAUUUAAUUUUUGUCAUUAUUGAUGUUUUUAUAAGUUUGAUUUGUUAAAAAACCUUAUUGUUAAUAAGUGUUGGUCUUCGAAAACAGUGUUAAUUUCCAUUGACAGAUUUCAAUUCUAGAGAAGUUGUUUUCUUUCCUUUUAUUUAAUAAUUUAUGAUAUGCCGGCUACUUACUAUUCAAGGAUUAGUAAAAAUGUUACCAAUAAAAUUUUGACUUGUCCAUGCAAUUUUUAUUGCCAAAGUAUAAAAUAAUUGUUGCAUUUUUUGUGAAAAGAAAGUGUGUUUUAGUAAGGUCAUUGUGUUUUUUUUAUUGGAAGGUAUGAAUUUUUCCUUUGGAAGACGGCAAGAAAAAGUUGAUUGGCGAAGGCUUGGUAAGAAAUUGUCUACAUUUUGUUGUUAAUACAUUAUUUUUUUGGCAACUUAAUUGCAGGCUUCUUUCACUCAUAGUUAAAGAAGGUACCAAUAAGAAAAACUUGUCAAUGACCUUGUAGUUCAAGUUGAUGAUAGAAUGAUUUUAACACCCAUCAUAUGCUAGUCAUUUUGUUGUUCUUUUGCAUUAGGGCCAUUUAUACAAGGAAAAAUAAAAUGCAUGUUUCAUUAGGCAUGUCCUAAAUAAGAUGCAAACUAUCCCUUAUAAACAGCAUGUGCAUUAAGGUGUGACUUAGCAAAGACGCAUCUUAUCGAAGAACAGGUGCUAGGGGCUUUUCUUAGAUAAGAAGUUUCUUAGCUAAAUUUCAAACAAAAUGUGCCGUUUUUAUGUGAUAGUAUGAGUCUUAUUUAGGACGCAUCCUAUGUGAGAGGCAUUUUAUUUUUCCUAGUUUAAACGGCCCUAUUGUUUUCAUAGUUGAAGACCUGUUUGUCAAAAUGUAGAAACAUUAAGAUAUUUUGUUUGGGUGUCUGAAAGAUGCCAUUGGUUUUACAUUAAUCUGGAAAAUAUUUCAAAAUGUUAAAUCAAGUCAAAUAAUUAAGUUUUUCAUUACAUUACGAUCCUGUUCUCAGUAUAAUUAUGUGUACAGGAAAUUACAUAUUAAUAGUUGUGCAAUUUAUUAUUAUUUUAAACUUUAGCAUCGGUUGAUGUUGACCGCAUCUUAAGAGAAAUGGAUGUAAAGACAUUACAAGACAAUAUUAUGCAUAUCACAUUCUGUAACAUUGAGGCUGAGCUGGUGGGUGCAUUCAUAACAUUUCAUUGUAAUAUAAAUGUGUAAAAUUUAUUAGAAAAUUAAUUAUUCAUCCAUGUUAAGACCAAUCAAUACUUUUAAUUUGAGUCACAUGUACAUCUCUGUUAUGCCAAUCCCCCAAACAAAAUUUAAUCAAUUUGGUUAAUGGAUUAUUAAACAGUAUAAUAAAUUCCUACUAAAAUAAUGAUUCAAUGUUAUAUUGAGUUACAUCAAUUUGAUACAGGCCUCUAAUGAUUGUUUUAUUUCACUAGUAAAAACUCAAGACAAUAGUAUUAGGCCUCUGACUGUCAUUUACAUAACAAACAAAUAAUUUGGAUCAAUUUGAGUUUCACCUACUCCUCCUCUAAGUUACAAUUUUUCCCUAAGUGAGAAGUAAGUGUUAGUGUUGACUUAAGGGAGGGAUAGGUAGGUGGUCAGGUAUCUAGAAAUCUCUAUUGAUGAAAUAAUGUUUGACACUUAUCUGACCAUACAUUACACUGACUAGGAAUUAAUGAUAAAGAUUAGAGAAGAGAAUUUGAUAAAAGAUCAUAAGCAUUUUUCCUCUGGUUAUCAUGUAAUUAACUUUCUUAAUCUUUCUUCUUGGUGAUGUAUUGAUCAUGGUAUUGUCAAGGGAAAAUUGGUGUUGGUGACCCUUGAGGCAAAAGGGAUAAAUCCAAAAACAUUAGUAUUGUUUUUAACCACUACAUUUUGGUUUGAACAGGGAUCACAGGGUGUAGGAUACGAUCCAAACUACAUCAAGAUGUUUAAACUGGCCCAGCUUAUUAUUGAAUAUCUUCUGGUAAGGCAUUGUGCUGCAUAAAGAAGAAUGAGAAUGUUAAAUGAUCUGGGUGUUCAUGAUUUUGUAUAUUAACAACAAAAGCAAUCGUUGAGUGGAGUCACUAAAGAUAUAGAGUGAAGAACUUUAUGAUCUUAGGUGUAGUGGUCACAAUUUCUAUGUCAGAUAUUAAUGGUUUUCACAAAACACAUUGAUUUAUGUCUUUGCUUAAGCCAUUAAAAUUUUUGCUGAAUCAGCCAGAGUUUGUGAGACAAGGGUGGCUCCUGGUUUCUAGUGAUUCUCAGUUGUUUAUCUUUAUGUUUCCUGUAGCAUUCUCAGCAGUUCCUUUCAGCAAACCUUGAAGCAGAGAACAAGACUCUCCAAGAUUCACUGGAGGUAAAAAUGAUCAGAUUAAAGUCAGAUUAUUAUUUACAUCACUGAUGGAACAGAUUGUAUAAAUUCUGAAGUCAAAAUUGGAGUGCUAUAGAUAACCCAUAAGCCCUGUUGAGGAUCAACCCUAGUAAAUAGACCUGGGUAACCUUGAGAGGCAAAAACAAAACUCUUUGAACCAGUGAUCACUGGAUUUACCUAGUUCUAACUGAGCUAUGAUCAUCAGUCUUAAUAUAUGUCUGUUUUUAUGUUGGUAAUGAAUGCAGGAAGUUGAAAAAGCUAAAAAAGAGCUGGAGGAAAAAAAAGAAGCGUACAAAAAACUGAAGAGAGAAUGUCAGAAACAGAAGAAAUGGAUUGCUGAAUAUCAACUGCUGAUGAGAGCUGGAGCCAGUGGACAACACAAGGUACUGCUCAACAUGUCCGCGGUACCUUCUUCUGAUUGCUCUUGUUCCAACCUCUAUGCUCUAAAGCUUUUGUCCUUUAUUUCUUUUGUCCCUUUCCCAUAUAACAUUACAGUUAUGAUUGUCAGUCUUUGCUGCUUUCAUUUCCUCCUUUUUCGUUACCCUUCUCUCAUUCUUCUACUGCCUCUUCCUCCUCUCCCUUACCUCCCCUCCCCUUUUCUUUCUUCCCCCUUUACCCCCCCCCCCCCCCCCUUUUUUUUUUUUUCUCCCUUUCCUCCCUCUUUCCUCCCCCCCCCCCCCCCCCUCUUUUUCUCCCCCCCCUUUUUUUUUUUUUCUUUUUUUUCUUUUCCCUUUCUCUCCUCUUUUUCCCUCUUUUUUAUUUAUUUUCUCUCUUUUUCUCCCCCCCUCCCCCUUCCUUUUCUUUUUUUUCCUUUUUUUCUUUUUUUUUUUUUUUACAUUUUUCCCCCUCCCCUCCCCCCCCCCCCCUACCCCCCCCCCCCUUUUUUUUCUCCCCCCUUACCCCCCCCCCCCCCCCGUUGUCUUUGUUUGGUCCCUCUCUCCUUUCCAUUCCGUUCCUCCCACCAUCCCCUUAGUUCCUCUGCCUCAAGUUUUUUAUUUCCGUCGUUUUCCUCUUCCUUCCCUUCACUUUUCUCCUCUUUCCUUAAAAUGCUGAACUUCUUAGCUCCCACCGUCUCCCCUUUCUUUCUUUUUGCUUCCCUUCUUUUCUUCUUUUUCUGUUUUUCCCUCUUUUCCUCCCUCCUAACCUCUCUGUUUCUAUUGUUUUCCUUGUUUCCUGUCCCUGCUCCCACCUGUUCUUUACUUUUCACUUUCCCUUGCCCGCUUUUUCUCUCCCUUUCCCCUUAUCCUCUUCGUCCUGCUUUACUCCAUCAGUUAUCUUCCUUAAUAAUUUUCCUUUUCCAUAACAUUAUCCUUUUACUCUCUUUAACUUGUAAUAACUUUCCUGCCAACCACUUCUCCCAGUCAUUUUCCCUCAUUCCUUUUAUCUUAGAACUCUCUUCAUCUUCUUUAUUCCAGUGUCCUUGUUGUGCCAAAUCAUUUGUUAGCCAUGAGUAUGUUAUAUCCCAUGUAACAAGACGUCAUGAAGAGUACUCCAAGAAGAUGAAUGGACUGUUGCUGUCUUCAGCACCCAUUAGAUCUGUAGGUGCAGUCACAGUCGAGUCAAAGCCUGGCAUGACAGAACAAGAGAAAAGCAAUCUUGAAAAAGAGCUAGAGAUGAUAAAAGUAAGACUGCAAAAAACAGAGCAGGAACUAAGUGAAGAGAAGAAGCUAACAGAAUCGCAGGUACAUUCAUUUGCUUUUCCUGUAAACUUGUCUGUAUGCCUCUCUAAAUGUUCAUUUGAAAUCUUGACGAAAGCUUGUUCUCUAUGUGGCAUGCCCAGCUUGAGUAUUUUUAAGCUUAAAUAGUGCAUUUAAGAAAACUGUACUGAGUUAAAAGCACUUCAAAAUCUGUUUCUUUUUCAUAACAGAGAAAUAGGCUGACAGCUGAGCAUCAGAGUAUUGAUGAACUUAGAUUGAUGUUUGAAAGAUGGAAAGAGGAAGAGAAGGCUGAACAACAGGUCAUUUUUUUCUUUAGUUUGAUAUCGUUGUACAUCACCUGCAUACAGAAGUUGUAUUUUCCUCUCCUAACUUCAGAACUGUUCACUGCUGACACCAUCCUUGCCUAUUCUUUUACGCUGUCCUGAUGUGAGAAAUAAAUAUUGCUUAUAAAUACAGCAAAUUAAGAAUUCAACUGGCAGGACAAGUAAGAUCAAGGUGUUGAAAUGUAAACUUCUGAGAAACAGCCUCAGCCAGAUUAUUUAGGAGUCUAGGAAAGGGUUCAACACAAGAACCAGAUAAAUGCUUGUAGAAUGAAAUGAAAACAUCUAUUUAUCUUAUUUUAUUUAUCUUUUUAUUUAUUUUCACCUUAGUUUAUUUUGAAUGAGAGUUUUGAAGAACUCGUGGAAGAGAAGUUUUCAUGGAUCUCUCCUUUUAUUGUAAUUUCAGCAAGAGAUGGCCGAGUUCAAAAGAAGUUACCAGUAUGAUCUAAUGCAAAUGCAAACAGAAAGGGAUGAAUAUUCUCAGGUGAGUUAAAUACACCACUAAAAUAACUAUGUGCAAGAGAGAAUAAUUAAAAGUGAUUCGUCCUUUUCUUGACUGCAUCCAGGUACAGAGACUUGUCUGCUCCUCUUAAACCAUUACCUAUGCACUCCUGAGACCAAAACUGAAAUUCUCCACUCUUGUACCCUACAUUUGUUAGAGAUUUUGUAAUGAUUAUUGUUAAAAUAAUAAUAUCAGGCAGGAUUUCUUGGCAUCAUAAUAAGAAAUGUCAUUGUGAUCUCUAUUGGUGUUCAUAAGAGCAAUAUUUACAGAAAACAAAGUGGUAAACAGCAGUGAUGCCUUUUUUGCAGAAAGUGAGUGCUUUGCAAGAACAACUAAGUAAGUAAACUUACGUCACAGUUUCGUAAAUGUAUAGUUAUUCACUUCUCUUUUGAGCAGCUGCUUAACCAACAGCAAAAAAUAAGACAAUGUUAUGCAUCAGCUUUCCUUGCAGUUCAACUUGUUAUGCAUCUGCAUGGUUUCUUAAUUUUAUUACUUUAUCUUUUAUUCCAGGACAAAGAAUAUCCAUGGUGGGAUCUAUAAGAGUAAGUAUAAUUAACAUGGCCAAGUUGACAUGUUUCACUGAUUUUCUAUUUUUUUGACCACGAGCAGCAUAGAGUUAGAGAAGAUCACCUUCACCCACACAACCCCUGUUAAGUUAAUUUCCUUCAUUGUUAUACAAAGUUCAUGGGAUACAUGCUAUUGUUUUUUAGGAUGAUGAUGAAACCGAUUCUCCAGCAAAGGCCAGCAGAGGUGAAAUGUCUCAGCAAGCCUUAGCUCAGUUAGAGGACAGGGUAAGUAGGCUUUUUAUCUAGUUAACAUCCAUCUUGUACAGCAUAACAAACAGUACCACAGGAAAGUACUGCUCAGUAGCUUUCAUUUGAAUGGUAACACUUUAGGAUUUCAUCCACAGACUCAAAAAUUUUAACCACCUUGUACAGCGUAAUAAACAGAAGUUCUUUGCCUAAUCUUGUUUACUGUAGGUAAUUCAAAUGCAGAUGGAAACACAGCAAAAUUUGCAAAAGGAGAUGCAGAAGAUGCAACAGAAGUUUAAAGCUCGGGAAGAUAAGUCUAAGAAAGACCACAGAGAGGAGAUGACGAGGGUAUGUGACGGAAAUGUUUGACUUGAGGACAGAACAAAAAUAGAGCAUCAUAGUUUACCACGUACAGCAAAUUGCAAAGGGCACGAAUUUAGCAUUUUGCUUUAACUGAAGCGGUAAUGAAGCAAAAACAAAGUAAAAUUUAAGUCGACAAUGGAUUGAAAAACAGCAUUUCUUUGUAGUUUCAGGAGAUGUUAAGUCAGUACGAAGAAAACCUAAAGAAUGAGAGAUUAGAGAAGGGCCAGCUCUCUGAAGACUAUGAGAACAGAAUACAGAUGCUUAACUCGGUGAGAGCCAUUAUUCAAGUUCUUUUCUCUGAUUAUCAUCUUCAUCACUGCGAAAGGUUUGAAUCCAGGGGCCAUUUGAUAAGUGGGUUGAGCAUGACCGUCCAGGUGAGGUUAGUCCUGAAUAGAACUGUUGUUGACAGUGACUGUCAGUGACUGCGAAGAUGACUACCGCACAGGUUGUCCAAACGUCACUGUCAACGCAAUGCUCUACCUACAAAUCGUUAUCGUUAUCACUAUUUACGUGUCAUAAUUCCGAGGUAUUUGUAUGUAAUUAAUGACCCACCUUGUAAUUCAGUUUAUGCUGCAAAAAGGUUGAAUAAACAAUCAUAAUUUAUUUAUUUUUUAUUUGAAAUUUCUUUUUGCAGCAAGUACAAGACCUCAAAAAAGCGCUGGAUUCACAGAAGGUAAGCUACAAUGAACAUAAAUAUGAUGAUGAUGAUGAUGAUACUAGUCAUGGUGGCAUGAUGAUGGUGAUGAUGUUAAUGAAUGAUGAUGAUGAUAAUGGAGUGUUGAUUAUCAUGGUAAACGUGAGGUUGGGGAAGUGAUGAAGUUUUUUUAAGUGAUCAGUGUUGGUGUUGAUAACAAUAAUGAUGAUUAUGGUGAUUAUGAUUAUGUUGAUAAUGAUGAUAAUAAUGAUGACGACGAUAAUGGUGGGGAUGAUGAUGACGUGCCUUGGUGGUAUAUGAUCAUGAUAGGAUCAAAGAGGCGAUGCUGAUGGCUACACUUCUAAUUCGCACAACCAAUUUUUGCAGUAAAAAAUCAACACCUGCCCAACUGAAAUUUUCGAUGGCAAUAGAAGUACUUUCGUUAUCAAUGCGCCCAGUCAUAAGCCAUUUCCACGCUGUUUUCUCGAUGCUGUCAGGUCUUGUUUUGUGUAACAUGUUCUUGUUUUUUUUUUAUUUAUUACCAGGUGGAAACAGAAAAGAUACAAUACACCUCCAACGCUCAACCGCCUGCAGCUCUUGGUACGUAAUGGAACUACUCCUCUUCAAGUAAUUUGCGUAUCGGAAUUGUUUUCUCUUGCUCUUUACAGUCGGGACUUACGAAAGACACCCUGAGUUCUGUAAGGAGUUCGUUUUAGUCACCAUUCACGGAUUCUCGGGUGUAAACUUUUAUAGUGAUGGACUGCAGAGGUUCAUAUUCAAGCCUCUUUCUCCACUUUCUCUAAUAGGUGCAUAGAUAGGUCCAAUGACGUGUCGUUUGGCAAGAAAAUGACUUCCGCCGGAAGUUGUCCAAACAUUAGACUGCAGUAACAAUCAUUUUCACAGCCACUCACAUUCUCUUCUUUUGUUGUCUCCACAGCAUCUGUACCUCCCGUCCCUGCUCCUAGGCAGACCAGUCCUGUUCAAGGUUAGUGUGCAAGACACAACAACAAUGAUUUUGUUGUUGUUGUUGUUUUGUUUGUUUGUUUGUUUUUAUGCAUCGGACCUGUAGAGCAAUUUUCUAAUGAAAUUCAGUUGAAUAGGUCAUUUCCGAGUUCCCCCGAGCCUCUGUUUCAAAACAAGGGUAGGUGCUCAGCCUUUGAUUUGAAAUCUUUUUUCAUUCUCAUGCAAAUAAAACUCAUUUUCACAGGAAAAGUUGUGCACCUAACCUCAUUUUGAAAGUGAGGGGGUUUGGAACUCGGAAGUGGCCUAUUGAUUUAGGCAAGCAAAAGGGAAAAUAACUGGUCUCCAAUCGGAGAUAAACUUUCCUUUCACAGCUCCUGGUUGGUUUGGCCAACACACACGGUCAAGCAAGAGAAUUGCAUGUGGAUAUACGUUUUUGACUCCACUCCCUUUUUUAUAUAUAGCGCUGCUUGUCUAUUAUUUGGUUACUUUUUUUUAAGGUUCGUAUUGUUUUGAUUUCCUUUUCUAAGCUGAACCAGUUGAACGAGAAAGAGCCAAAUCUCCAGAGAAGAGUGUAACAACUACAGGUACUUGAUAUAAGUGCGAAUGUUAAGUUAUAACUGAAAAGUGUGGAAAUAAAAAGCAAUCGUACGACAAUAGAGAGGAAACGAACCACUUGAGACAGAAUUCAUGCUAUGGCCCAGUUGCCAAGUUUCUCGCCAAACGGAAACAGCAAACAUUUUGGCGAGAGCAUAGGAAUUAAUAACUAGGAAAAACGAAUGUGGCCCCUGACCUUGAAAGUGCAAUGAAGCAACGAUGCAUUGUAAGAGGGUUUUUUGUUGUUAUUUCGGUGAAAAACGACUAUAGGUAUCCCUGUUAUUUGGAAAGUGAUAAGAAGUUUAGUUUGUCUCUUUAUGCAAUAAAGAAAAAGUACUUGGACAUACGAAACACCUCUUUUCUUUUCACCUUGCUGGUUUUCUCCUCUUCAACAUCUUAAUACUGAUGUGGUGCUUCAUUUCUAUAGGAGACUCCAUCACUCUCUACGUAUCCACCAACCAAAACAAACAAGGCCAGUACCGACUUUGGCGUCAAUCUUCCGACGGCUCGAAUGAAUGGUCUAACCUGUACGCGUUUACCGGCUUCAUUAAACCCUCGGGGAACUUUACCUACCCGCUGUACGUCUUCGCGGCCGGGGGAUCACCGUAUUGGCGUCAAUACAUAUCCGCCCGGUCAGCCCCACCGAGUUCAGAAUACCGCCUUGAUUAUAUGUUCUACUGCUCGCAGAAGCCUUUGCCGGGAACACAGCAAUACCAUGUACUCGAAGCUGGGAGUCUUCCUGUUUUAAGGUCAUAUGUUUCAAGGUCUAAGAACGUCCCGGGAUGGAAGGACAAGGGGUUGAAUUUCUACGCUCCGAAACUGGCUCUUGCUGGCGAUAAAACCUGUAAGUCUAUACAGAAUUUUUUAAGAAUUCAACCUGCGAUAUUUUUGUUUCGCUUUGAUAUUAAUUGCUCGCACAGGAAACUUUAAAUUCCCCUACAGCAUUAGCAUUCCCAGAAUAACAGAUUAACGAUUUCUUAAGUUGUUGUUUUUUUGUUUGUUUUUGUCCUUUUCCAGUGACGAGUGUUUCUGCAUCGUUUGAAUCGACUUUAACCACGGACAAAAGUCAAGGUUUGUUAGUCUUGUUGUUUCCAAACAGUGGAGGCGUAGUGAUAGGGUGGUUAACAACUCAACUUCAGAUCUUGGGCCUGUUUCUGGAAAGGCCCGUUAAAAAACGACUCCGGAAAUCUUUUGUUGUUUACGUUCAAGAUCGAGGCUUCUAUAGUUUGGUAGACAACAUGAUAAAAUCAUCAGUCAAUAAAACAAAAUGGACUGGUUUCUUAGCUAGGCCCCAAGCUCUCAUUCUUUAUAUUUUGAUUUGAAUAUUUGGUUUUGGGCACGGUAAUUUCGACAAACGGCCCCCUGAGGCCCUGUAUCCAAACUCCUUCAAAUUCGUCCCAUGACUGUUGGAAGUGUGUUAUAAAAGGCAUCCAAAUGAGCCUGUGAACGCCCUAUCGUUCAGGGAAAUCUUCAGGGAAAAUUUUGAGAAAUUUUAAUUUGCUCUUCAUUUUCUCGUCUUCUUUACAGAUUUUGAGGAAAGUGAAUCCGAAACUGAAGAAGAGUCUCCGGCCCCUGUCGUAGAGGCUCCUGUCAUACCAAAAGUGUAAAUAUCUAUAGUCAUUUUUUAAACUACACCAUAUCGUGGUAUGAACAGUACCCAAGGAAAGUACUGCUCAAUAGCUUUCAUUUGAAUGGUCACACUUUAGGAAUUCAUCCACAGACUCAAAAGUUAGAACCACCUUGUACAGCAUAAUAAAUGACAAUACCACAGGCAAGUGCUGCUCAGUAGCUUUCAUCUCAGUGGUAGCACUUUAGGAUUUCAUACACAGCCUCAGAAGUUAGAGUAGUAGUAGUUAUAGUAGUAACUUUAUUAAAGUGUCAGUCGUGACUCUUUAGAUGGUCCAGUUUUGACACACUUCCCCUCACAAUUUGAAGUCUCUCAGACUAUUCGUUUUACUUCAGUGAGAUCGAUGAAGUUGACGGGAAUGACAGUUUGGAGAGUGGCGAACUCGACAUCAAGGAAUUGACUUCGUAAGUUUCUUGUCCUCUUAUAUUUCUACCCAAUGUUUGGUAGUUUUGCAAAUGUUUCAAGUAGACAUCAGCAGUAUUUUAAAAUAUGAAUUAAGAAACGACAAGAAAAUUAACAACAACGCUGGCGUUCACAGCAAUCCACAGAAAAAGCAAGCAUACUUCGUAACAUCCUUUUAGCACGUGCAUUGCACGUGGUACAAGUAAGUGUGAUCUAUCAAAACAGGAGCGCUAGAAACACUUUAAAAUUCACACGCGUUGCAAAGUGACGAUACUUAUGUCCUAGCUAGAAAGGGGAACGCCUUUUAAUAUAGUUUUUCUAACCUGAGAUCAGGCUCAAUUUUCGUUUCGCUUUGUAAUAACAUUCCGGCGGGCAAGGCAAGCCGUUAGACAGAAUGUAUGAGAACCGCUAAAAUUGGGCCUGAUCUCAGGUUAUUGUUUUUCCCACUCAUUUGUGGCCCGCAAGGAUAGGUGAAUGUGUUAGUCAUGAGCUUACAGGCAGUUACAGCUUGUUACUUUGUUAAUUAAGUACUUGGUUUUGUUUCCUUUACAUUUCUCUUUUAUUAUGGGAUAGCUGGUUGCAAAGUAUAUUAGACUUUGAUUUCUUUCUUGGUUGUUUCUGGUAAAUAUAGAUAACCUUUCAGCUCCUUUGGAAUCCUGUUUCCAAUUAGUUUCUUUUCUUUUCUAGGGGCGUGUCAAGUUCUGAAUGGGUAAGUGCCGUAAAUUUCUCACCGCGUUAAUCUUAAGUAAAGUGUGUCCGUUAAUUCUUAAGUUUCUUAUCUAAACUGAUAAAUUAUUUUGUUGUUUUAGGGAACAGCUACACUUGAAGCCGGCGAGUUUCGCCCUUUUCCUCACAAUCAGCUUAUAACCAGUAAGACAUGAAACAGAUCGCCAGUUACUUUAGUUAAUGCGAAACUUUGCUCGGUUUAUGCUGUAGUGUGAUUGUUUUGGACAAGGUUGAGAAGAAAGGGCCUAAUUUUUUAUCCUAAAAUUGCUGAGUUUGUAUUUAGCGGCGAUAAAUUUUCGAUCUCAAAGAGAUGUCCAGCAGUCAAUCAGAUGUGUGAGGCCAGCGGGAAACAAAUGAGACUUUUCUCUGAUUGGUUAAUAUAAACCAAUCUGCAAUUUCAUUGGUUGAUCCCCUAAAAUCUUGCCAGUUUCACUCGAAGCGCAGGAAUAUGACAGACAGCCACGGGAAAAGAGCGGGAAAACGGUUGCAAGCAACACAACAAGUCACAUGGGGCUUAGAUUUUACUCCUGAGUGGUUGAUGAGGCGCCAAAGCUAAUAUCUUCAGCCAAUCAAAGCGAAUCGAUGCAGAACUGUUGACUGAGACUCUCAGUUAGAAAGCGCCUUGAGGAAUGACGUAAAACGUCAGCUUUUGUCCCGUUUUUUCUUUGUUUGUUUUGCAGCGCGUUUCAAACACAGACCAGAGGAGCUACAAGCGUGUAGACAAGAGAUUGGCGAGAUACUUGAUCAAAAACUCGCCAAACAAGGAUUGUCUGGUGUAAGUAUCAAUUAGAAAGUCUACCUAUUUUCCUCGCUAAAUUUGAGCAUAUGCCCCCUGUAAGUCAUUAUUCUUUUCGCAUGGGGGGGGGGGGGGGGGGGGGGGGGGCAGUCUCUGGGGUUGUUUAGGUGUUGUAGUUAUAAAAUCUCAUUUUGUUUUUACAGUUCAACAACAAUUUCCAACUUACUGUUGUCUAAUUUCAGUAUAAUUCUUGAUUUUCUACAAGAAGAAAUGGAAAAUUCGGUUAGAACAGAUGGUGACUCACAACAAUUUUGUCCACAGGGGGUCUUUGUUUCCAACGAGCGUUGCAGUUACUAUACGCGAAAUCAAAAGAAAAUUCAGACAAGAGUUGAUCUCAACAUUUUAAAAUUUUGUUCAGCUUACACAAAAUCGACUGGUUGAUGAUGGAUGAACUGCACUUUCUAAGAAUUUUCUUUUCUUUUGAAACCUUCUUCAACUCACCUUACUCCGUGCUUGCCUCUCAGUUUUAAGCGCUGCCAUUUUUUCUUCCAUCUUCUGUGAAGACAUCCGCGCAUUUUGCUAUCGUGAAAAAAAAUUCAUAAUUCAGGAACUCAGUUUCAAUCAGAUGCACAAGAUAUAAAGCGAUAGGACUUCUUGCAGUGUAUCNUGAUGAUGAUGAUGAUGAUGAUGAUGAUGAUGAUGAUGGUGAUAGUUUGACACCCCUAGGUUUUCCGGUUAUACCAACCUCCUUUCCAGGGGAGUAAAGUGAAGAGACCCUGAAAAUGAGAUCCUUCUUUUGUCUCUCUCACUGACAUGUCCGUCCGGGGUCUGGAAACCUGCGUAGAAUUUCCUCAAAAUGCAAUGCUGAAUUACAGGUUUUCGUUACGCAGGAGCAUUUUAACUUAAUAACACUUAUCAUAAGUGAAUUUAUAACUGGUGAUUCUAUCUUGAAGGUGUGUUAAAGAGGUAGAGGAGAUAGUGAAGAAGACUUACCGACGUAAUGGCUCUGGAGAAGGAAACGCCGGUUUAUCAGGUAUGCAGUCAGUGAAGCUAAUAGACCACUUUUGAGUUUCGAAAACCCUCACUCUCAAAACGAGGCUAAGUGCAUGAGUUUCAUUUGCAUGAGAAUGAAAAAUUUUCAUAUCAAUGGCUUCAUACUGAUCCUCGCUUUGAUACAGAGGCUUGGGGUAACUCGGAAAUGGCCUAACAAGCUAACCUUUGAAUGGAAGCGAGGCUGGCGAUGACUUUGUUUUGCAAGAAAGCUCUAAGAACACGUUUUACAGUUGGAAAGAUGUGUGGUUAUCACAGUCAACUGCAACCUCGCUUCCACUCAAGGCCAGGACACUCAGCAGGGUACUUGGUGGGUAUCCUGUGGUUUGCAAUGCGUCUUUGCCUUCUCCUGCGUACAUAAGACAUUAGUGGCUUGGAACAAAUACUAUUAAACAGUUUGCCGCUUUUUCUUCAGCUCCCACAAAAACUGGUCCUGUUAGUACUAGCACACCGGCAGCGAGUUCUCGAACCAUCGGCGCCAGUUCUCCCUCAAACAAACGUCUCAUCUUCAAGACUACUGCUACCGCUGUGCGAACGUCCGCUUCGCUACAACAAGGUCGGAAGUCACCUGCUCUUAGAGGAACACUAGGGUCGACUGGGUAAGUUUUGCUCACCCAUAAUUCGUAUUGUCACGUGAAAAGGAAAACAUCUAAAAGAGAGUUUUUAACAAAAAAAUAUAUACGAUGAGGCGAGGAAAGUUGCCUUCGGAUGUGUAUGGACAAGUAGCCUUCAUUAGUAGCCCUUUUGCAGCCCUUCGAGUUCCUGACUAGGGUAUAUGUAGGAAGUAGAUUUGCAGCAAAACUUACAGAGGUCGCUAAGCAAAGCAGUUGACAACGAUUGGGACCGAGUAUCGAUUACUUUGGUAUUGAUACCAGCCCCCCGUUUCCUGUCCAGUCCGGGUGAAAGCUUUGAAGCACACGAAAUAAUGAUAUUUUUAUACAUGAUUCUCAAGGAGCGUUCAUGCUGGCUGGAGUUUUUGUUGAGCUUUACUGCGUUCUCAAACUAAAAAUACCAGCGUUGUUGAGAACUUCUGAUGGGGAACACAAACUCUGAAUUGAAUGUCAAAGUGUGAGUAACUUUUAUGAAAAAAAUUAAUCAAGGUUUUGCUUUACCAGUAAUUGUUUACUUCAGUAGUAAACAAUUAUUUCCCAGAAAUUCCGGAUAAUUACUGAAAGUUAGAGUGACCUUAGCGGUAGCUUUAACAAGAUAAAACUUAAAGUGAAAGAUAAAGUUUGUUUUAAAGAAAUUGGGAGUGGAAGUUUUCCUUUUUUUGGUGCUCUCGUUGGCGGGUUUUAUUUACCUGAGUGUGUUAAAAACCGGUAGGUUUUUGCUCUCGAGUCUUAAGUUCGCAAAGCAAGAAUACGACGUAAAAGAUAUAUCGUAAAUCUAAGGGGAAAUUAAUAUCGACAUACCAUUGAACAUCGUAGUAUAACUUUCGUAUCAAGUAGUUUUUGGGCUUAAUGUUUCUAAAAUUAAUUUAAAAAUUGAAACCUAAGUUGUUGCAUCUUCUUCAAAACACGGUUGUUUAAUUUGCCUUUUCUGACCUGAAUUUCAAAUCUAACAGAAUAUUAUUUCUAUUGUCGUUUGGUUAAAAGAUUUUUGACCAUCAAUAAUUUAAUUUGGGGCAACGGGGGGCAAAUUUUUCUGUUAUAAAACAAACAUUGUUUUUGUUCCAGCGUUUUAAAAACAACUUCUGAUUUUGUUUCUGGCCCUUAAACUUUAUAUCUUGUUCUUUCGCAUGACCAUCAAACAAGUGUUAUUUUCAUUUCCGUCUGUCAAGAAUUUAGUUUGUUUAGUUUCUUUAGUGAUGGCCUCCCAAGCAGCUGUUACUUGGAUCAUCACGCAACGUUCCUCCCCAAAUUAACUAUUCAAGUGCGGAGCGUUGCGUGACUACCAGUGCACGUUUUGGUCCAAAAAGAUGAGACCUCGGCCCAUAACAACUUUUGUCACGCGCUGUCUUCAUUCAAGUUUUGUAAUGUGUAGCGUUACUAUUUCUGCACUACUGUAGCUCUACUACUGGCGGCGGUGACAUGACCGUUAGCGUGACAACCGUGACAGACCGUUCUUUCAGUGGUACAUCUGUGACAGAACGGACACUGAGCGAGUCUGAAGAGGAAGUGAGUGUGACAGAAGGUUCACAAGAGGAAGAGGAAGGCGAGUCCAACUGGGAUUCGGAAGAGUGAGUACAGUGACCUUAUAUGCCGUAUGUUCUCAAGGGAAUUUGCCCUUCGUCUUUUCGUAAAUUAUGCAUGUAAAUGCACGUAGAUAGGAUAACCUUUAGUUAUCUGGGGUAACAUAACAUGGUCUGAAUUAGGAAAACAAAAGGCUAAAAGGGUCUUAUUCUGUAGCUCGGAGAUCAGCGCGUCUAAACGGUCUCAGGGAUUCCUUGAGUUCUAACUCCCGCCGCCCUCGCUUUUAGCGUCUCGUAGCCUCGCCACUAGCGCGAGUGAUACCCCACUUACUCUGGAGAAAAGCAAGAGACUGAGAAAUUUGUUUGUCUGCGUGCUACCUUAAUGACUUUAUGAUGAAACAUCCUUUCUUACCGCUAUGUAAGGUUAUAAGGGAAGGCUACCUUGUUCUAACGGUAAUUUUGUGCAAUUUUUACAGGGAAGCUGCCAAACCUCCCCCACAACCGACGCAUAAAGUAGCAGUUCACAUUCCUUCGCAGAAAAACUUUGAUUCUGAUUCUGAAAUUGAAGAGGUGAGGCGUCGAGUUAUAUGUCUUCUCUGAAAGCCUACGUGUGUUUUGUUUUCGUUCAUGGACAACCUACUUUCUUUUAGCUUCUACUUACAUUUGUCUUGUGUUCCAAUACAGCUUACUGAAGUUAAAACUAUCCCUACACCUGCUCCACGGGGCGAAAAGGUGAGUUCCGCCACGCACGUGACUCGUUACGUAACGCUCCGCCCCAAGAAUAGCAAAUGAGGGAAAGGAGGUAGAAGGCGCGUUACGUGACGAGUCGAAACCUUUUACUUUACUUUCGCCUGCGAGCAAGCUCUCCUAUUUGGGCGAAUGAAGCGUCUCUCCUUUCCCCUGGUGGAUUUCGUAUGAUUUCCUGGGUCCUGCUUAAUGUUUUAAUCCCCCCCCCCCAACCCCCGCCCUCCCCCCUCUCCCUUCCCUUCCUCUUCACUUACUCGUAACUUGGUUUAUUUUUUAAGGACUGUUUUUUACCUUUCCUUACGCCUGGAGCAAGCUUCUCCUUUUUGGCCGAUGGAGCGUCCUUCCCUUCCCCUGGUGGAUUUCGUAUUUUUUUCUUUGACCUUCUCGACGUUCUCAGCCCCCCCCCCCCAUCCCCCGCCCUCCCCCCUCCCCCUUCGCUUCCUCGGCACUUACUCGUAACUUGGUUUAUUUUUUAGGGUUCGCGAGUUGGCUGAAUCAUUGGAACGGAGUUUAAGCUUUGGCUCAUCUGUAAAGAAACCAGCUGGCGGCGUAUCACUUCACUUCCAGGGAGCUGGAAACGAAAGCAGAGAGCCUCAAACGACUAUACAGAAGACUUCGCGACAACAAGUGAGAGAAACAUGUCGACACAUUCUCAGUGUAGCCUUAAUUACCUGCCCCCUUUUGCAUUUUCUUUACUUUUUCGUUUAUUUUGUCCCGCAGAAUGAAGAUGACGUAGACAGCGACUUUUCCCUUUCCUCAGUAGACGACAUGUCAACUGGCCCAAGGUAAUGUGGACGAAUAACUCCUGAAAAAAUUUAAACUUAACGCUGUCUUUAAAUAUCAAAUGUCAGGCGCGCGAACAUUUGAAAACGUUGGCCAAAGGAAACUACUAACGUAAAACAUCGAAGAUUUCUUCCUCUGUCAUCUCUAGUAAAAUAUAUAGAGGAUAUUAAAUGGCCGCGCUGAGAUAUGAAAUUUCUUUUCGAGUGUUGAAAAAUAUUUCACGAGUGAGCGCAGCGAUAUCUUGAAUGCUGCGUUCGUUUUAAAUCAUCAAGCAACGCCCCCACUCUCCACAGAAGCUCGUGUUUUCCGAUUUGGCAAGCCAAAAUAAAACUGCCACUUGUAUUUCUCCGGUUUGGCCUCCUCUACAAUGAAAACCGCGGUAUCAAGAUUGGGUGAAUUUAAAAAAGGCCGGCAAAGUGUGAAUGCUUAGGCGAUUGACAUAGAAGUUUGUAAUCCCAGACGAGUGUCACUGCGGCCAUGCGGAUAUCUGAAAAAGGCCCUCUCUGAACAAGGCGCGCACGGUUUACCGGUUAUUUUAAUGAUAAGCGUUUGUAGACCGAGAUAGCGUUUACUUGUAACCAGAAAGCGAUACAAAAAGAACACUUUUCGAAGCGAAAACGCCGUUUUUAUAGUUAUCCACAGCAGUUUUUUAAUGAUUGUUUUAUUUUUUCUGUCAGGGCACCAGUUCAAGGAAGAGGAGGACAACAAACGUCCGGUGAGAAACCUUAGUUAUUUACCUGGCUCCUUUUCUUUUUUACCUAACAAGUUUUUAGAAAAUCCAAUUAAAAACAAUAAAAAUCCAGUAAAAUUAGAAUCCAAUUCAAAAUUGCAGAGUGGACCUGGGCGCUUUUUACAAACCCCAAAACUCGAAUCUGCGAUGAAACGUGCUUCAUGCAGAUUUUAGAGGGACAUUAGGCCUGCUUUAAAAACAUUUCCUAAAUUUACCGCGACAAAGCUGCAAAUGCAGUAGUCCUUCAUCGGACGAUGUCUGACUAUGCCCAUGUCCGACGAGAGCCUAAACGCAAUAUUUUUGUCUCAUUUCAUAUUCAGCUGUUAGACAAUCUCAAUUUCCAGUGUUUAAAAGACCUCAACCCCAGGCCACACGCGUCCAAGCGUUCACUGAUGACGAUUUCAUUUCCGAUUUUGACGACGAUUGAGAAGUCGCGCCCACGUUCGUCGCUUCUCGAAGUUAACAUCGAUACCUGGUGAACUUAGAAGCCAUUGAGGAUUUGUACACAUACAUAUAUUUAUUGCAAACAUAAGGGGUCACAUGCACACUUCACUUGUAUCCAGUCUGUUCUUACCCCGGCCUGUCCCCCUUGGGUACGAGUCUAAGUCACGUGCAUAGACCUCUUUCAAUCUUCUGUUACAAUCUUCAAAAGAAUGGUUGAUGCGUAAAGCCAAGACUGGGAGGGAA